AUGGCCGACGACGCCUUGCCCGCCUCGGAGCUUCGCACACGCUACGGCCGCGGCGGCACGGUCCGCGACUCGGAACUCAGCGCCGGACAGCUGCGCUCGCGCUACGCGAUCGAGAAGAACACUUUCAAAGACCACCCGGCGUCCAACACGAACGCUCUCGUCGCUGGUGGCGCACUCGCCCUCUUCUUACUACUGGGCGCCGCGGCCUUUUUCCUCACGAGAUAA